AUGAUGAUGAAAAUUCUGAGUGCCAUUAUCAUCUUCUUUAACUUGGUUCAAGUACUUGUCAAUGUUAAUGCAUCUGUUGAAAAGAUUAAAACACAAGUGCAACAACGAGAACAUCUCCAUGAAGGAAUUCAAACACACACACAACAUCUCCGGGAAGGAAUUCAGAGACACGUGCAAAUUAAAGAACAGCUUCAGGGAGGAGUUAAGAGACACUUGCUCCAGGAACCGUUAUUGCCACCUAGACCUAGAGGACAUCAUAGAAGACAUCGUGGAAGGCGGCAUCGUAGAAAACAGAUGUUGGUAGCUGGCAUAGGGGGGCCUCAACCUGUGCCUGUGCCAAAUUCAAUAGCUAUGCCAACUGAACAUCAACCUCUGCCAGAACCUCAGAUGGUGGUAGCUGGCAUAGGGGGGCCUCAACCUGUGCCAAAUCCAGUACCUCUGCCAACUGAACCUCAACCUCAGCCAAAUCCAGGACCUCAGCCGACUGAACCUCAACCUAUGCCAGCACCUCUGCCGACUGAACCUCAACCUCUGCCAGCACCUCUGCCCACUGAACCUCAACCUCUGCCAGCACCUCUGCCCACUGAACCUCAACCUCUGCCAGCACCUCUGCCCACUGAACCUCAACCUCUGCCAGCACCUCUGCCCACUGAACCUCAACCUCUGCCAGCACCUCUGCCAACCGAACCUCAACCUCUGCCAGCACCUCUGCCAACCGAACCUCAACCUCAGCCUCAACCCCAACCCCAACCUCAACCUCAGCCUCAACCAGCUGAACCUCAACCUCAGCCUCAGCCUCAGCCAGCUGAACCUCAACCUCAGCCUCAGCCUCAACCUCAACCUCAGCCUCAGCCUCAGCCAGCUGAACCUCAACCUCAGCCUAAGCCAAGUGAACCGGCCAAGCCAUUUAACCUGAUUGAUUCACUAUCAAAUAUAAACAUAGAUGAUCCAGAGGAAAGCUUAAAAAAUCUGUACCAUGAUGCUGUAGCUGCAGCAAAGCCUCUAGCUUAUCUGGCUGCUCACAAUGCUUUCAGGGCAACGAUGGGGGUGCCACUAUUGCACUGGGACACAAAACUAGAAGAGUAUGCAAGGCAAUAUGGACAAAAACGUGCUGGAGAUUGUCUUUUGCAGCAUUCAUAUGGCCCUUACGGUGAAAACUUAUUUUGGGAGCUCUUUGAAGCAAGUUCUCCAGAAAAGGUUGUAAAAAGCUUUACAGAUGAGCAACAAAAUUAUGACCUUAAAGAGGGGAGGUGCAAGUGUGUAGAAGUAAUAGGUCAGUGUAUGUGUGGCCAUUUUACUGCUAUUAUUUGGAAGACCACUGAAAGAGUCGGGUGUGCAGAAACUGUAUGUGCUAAUAACAAGGGCAAACUAGUUGUUUGUUCUUAUGAUCCACCAGGUAAUGUCAUUGGUCAGAAUCCCCUCACUGCAACUGACCCUGAUGCUGACGCUGAUGAUUCAGAGUAG